AUGAGUAGAUACAAUUCCUAUUCCGAUGAGGACUCGGAUCUCGAUAUUCGUGUGAGACAUCGGCAUGCCUCAGCCUCUCCUCGCCCUCCGGCUCCCCCUACGCUUGCGCAUUAUGUUGAGGCUCCGAACCGGUCUCGGCCCCGCUUCUACGAGACUGGUCCCCGAGUUGAGGAUCGGUUUCUAACCCCGACAAAUGAGCGUACCUUGGUUACUACUAGGCGCUCUGUUUCGCGGGAUCGUCGUCCGGGUUCUCCUGGGAGCAAUGUGUCUCAGCCGGCGCCACCUCCCGUCAUUAUUAACAACCGCAUUUACAAUAACUCAGAUUCGGAAUCGCUAUCCUACUCCGAUUCCGAGGACGAGUACAAGCGAUCCCGAUCUCAUCGUCGUCGCCACCGCUCGCACUCUCGUGUCUCAUCCAGCCACUCCCGUGAACGUGAACAUGAACGUGAACUUGAACUCCAACGUGAACUCGAGCUUCAACGCGAGCGCGAUGCCUUUGCGCUCGAGCAUGUGCGCGUAGACUAUGAGAAAGAGAUUGAGAUGCGGCGCCGCGAACAUGAGAAAGAAAUCGAGAAUAAGCGUCGAGAGUACGAGCUGGAGCGUACGCGCAAGGAGCUGCAAGAGAUCAAGUUGGCCAAGCAGAUUGAGCAAGAAGAGCAGCGGCGAAACCGGACUAUGCAAGAAGAACGAGACCUGCGAGAUGCCAAGAAGGAGCUUGACGCAAUCCGCAAGGCCAAGGCAGACGACGAGUACGAGCGGCGCGUAAAGCAGAAGCUCGAGCUUGAGCGCAUGAAAGCUGAAGAAGCCGCGCUUGAGGAGAAGCGGCGUCGUGACAAGGAAGCCAAGGAGAUCAUCGACAAGUACAAGCGCGAGGAGGCCGAGCGCAAGCUCCGCGAGAAGCAAGAAGCCGAGCAGCGCGAGAAGGAGUACAAAACCAAGAUGCAAGAGCACCUGCUCAGGUCCGGGCUCGACGAGAAAGAGAUCAACGCCAUCCUCGCCGGCGAGAAGAUCAAGCGCGAGAAGGAAAAGAAGGAGAAGGAGAAGGAGAAGGAGAAGAAGGAAGAAAAGAAGGAAGAGAAAAAAGAAGAGGAUAGGCCGAUUUACACACGCAUGGCUCGGCGACAUCUUUCGAUUGAGACCCUUAGGGCUUAUAACAUCGACUUUCAGCUUGACCCCGAUCCCGAUUACAUCUUGAUCAAGCGAUGGGUGGCAGAGCCAGAGCAGGAUAUGCUCUGGAGACACACCAAGAUCAUCCGAGAGAAGCGUUCCAGCUCUACCUCUUCUGGCAAGCUUAUCAUGAGCAUCGAAGAAGGCAAGAAACAUCACCAUCAUCAUCAUCUCGAGCCUGAAUUCGAAUGGGUUCGCAAGAAGGAGCGCCGACGCAGCCGAUCCCCUUCAUUGCUCAUGUAUCUAGCCGGCGGACGGCCAUCAUAG